AUGUUUAAGAAAAGCAGGCAUUUGAAGAAUGUGUCAAAUGCUAUCAAAUCCGCGAGAGUUCAUGACGUCUCAAAUGGUAUUAACUCCAAAUUUUUCGAUACUAAGAAAAUAUGCACAUACGGCAUAAAUGGACGAAUCACUGUUACCACAUUCGACUAUACUCAAAGCCUUUUGGCAGUUGCAACUACUGCUGGGGAGAUACAUGUUUAUGGGCAAAAGCAAAUAGAGGUCGUAUUUACGUUAAAAAAUCGACCUCAAAUUAAACACAUGCGGUUUAUUAAAGGAAUUUAUCUGAUAGCUGUAGAUGAGAAGAGCAACAUAAUAGUUCUUUCAGUACACUCGAAACAGAUUCUAACUACUGUUUUCUGUCCAAACAGCAUCACUUGUAUUGAGACUGAUCCGUCCUUGGAUUGGAUGCUGAUUGGCCUCGAGAGUGGAUCCAUAUUGAUCUAUGAUGUGGAUAGAAAUCAAAUGUCCAAAUUGAAAAUUGAAAACUUCCAGAAAAGUGUGUUUUUGCCAAAAGAGAGGCUAUCACCGGUUAUUUCUAUCCAAUGGAAUCCUAGAGACAUAGGAACGAUACUUAUAUCAUAUGAGCAUAUUACAGUCAUAUAUUCUUUCAUUGACUACAAAGUCAAGCAACAUUUUUUUUACCAAUUAGAACCGUAUGCUCCGGGCGGUGAUCUAUCCACAAACAUAGAAAAGAAACGCACUCCAAAGGUCAUUCAGUCACUUUAUCACCCAAAUUCCUUACAUAUAUUAACUGUCCAUGAAGAUAAUUCCUUGGUAUUUUGGGAUGUCAAUAGCGGUAAACUGAUUCACGCUAGAAGUAUAUUUGAAACACAUGUGAAUUUUCCAAAUCCUGCCUUGAAAGACUGUUCCUUUACAGAAACACCCGCUAUCUUUAAAGUAAGCUGGCUUUGCCAGCGUAAUCCUGAGUAUACAUCGUUGUUGAUUGCAACAAAAGCUACAGAAAAUCCCUGUUUACCUCAGGAAAUAACCAUGAUUGACUUAGGCGGCACACCAAUGUAUUCUGUGACAUCAUUUGACGCAAUGAGCAAGUACUAUGCUAAACCGGUUCAACAAAAACUAUUUUCGUUGAUUGGCAAAGCUCCACUAAUAAAUUUUCUACCCUUGCCGAAGGCUUCUCCAUAUUUUGGUGGAUGCCAUGACACAAACCUCAUUUUAUUACUUUUAGAAGAUGGCGAACUUGAAACAUUGAUAUACCCAGCAGGCUCUUUUAGUUCCAAGGCCUCCAUUUUCCCUCGGAGCUUAGCAUGGGUUCGACCAACGGUUACUACUUGUAUAGCGCAAUCAGUUCAAAAAAAUCUUUGGCUGGGGAUGAUGACAAUCGCUCAAAGUGAAUCGUUUUUAAAAGGUGGUAUUCCUGCCACCAGAAAUAUUAGAAGGCAUGAGACCAGAUCUGCUUUACUAACUGGGCAUAGUAAUGGUUCAGUCAGAAUAUGGGAUGCUUCACACAGUGAAGUAACUGACAACGCUGUAUUUGAAGUGAAUACUGCUAAAGUACUUAACAGAGCUACUAACCUGGCCAUAAAAAAUAUCUCCUUUGCAUCGGAAACAUUGGAAUUGGCGGUAUCAUCUGAGGUUGGGGAUGUUAUUCUUUUCAAAUUCGAAACAAACAAGUUUUACGGACAACUUCCCAAAAGCGAUGCACUGCAAUUGAAGUUUAGCAGAUUUUCAUUGGAUGAUUCAAAAACUAUUUUAGUUGAUGUUUCGGAUAGAGGGCCUACGAACGUUAAACAAGGCUUUAUACCAAGUACGGUAAUACAUGCUAAAAAAGGUGCGGUGUCCGCAAUCAUGAAUAGUAAUAUCGGGUUCGUUGCCGUUGGUUUCAUUGAAGGAACCUUAAUAAUAUUGGACAGAAGAGGCCCGGCUAUAAUCUUCAAUGAAAAUAUUAGGGUCAUUUCUAAAGCUGGUAGCUCUUACGUUUCAACCGUUCACUUUUGCGUCAUGGAAUAUGGAGAUGAUGGGUUCUCUAGUAUUUUGAUGCUAUGUGGAACGGAUAUCGGGGAAUUGAUGACUUUCAAAAUACUGCCUGCAACUAAUGGAAGAUUUGAGGUUAAAUUCACUGAUGCAACAAAGACCAACAAUCAAGGAAAAAUUCUAGGAAUAAAUUCUUUUGCCAAAGAUACUGGCUACAGUUGUUCUGCUACUAUAUCAAAGAUGCAGGGUUUAAGCAAGGGUAUCGCAAUACCUGGAUUUGUUACUAUCAGUGGCGCAAAUGACAUUCGUUUAGUAUCACCAGGUAAAUCUAAGGACACUCAUGCGCUUUUCAAGUAUCCAAUUGCCACUAGUGGAUUAUCAUUUAUUCCCAUUAUUGACGGUAAAGGAGAAAGAAAGCUUUCAACUAUUAUGAUCGUUUUGCUAAUUAAUGGAGAUAUUAAAGUUUUGACAGUACCUGAGCUUAAGGAAGUCAAAAAUCUACGCUGCCCGGUCCCUCUAAGCGCUCAAUACGUUGAAAAUUCAUCUAUAUUAGAAAAUGGUGACAUUGUCAUUCGCACAGGGAAAUUCCAAGCCUCUUUGAUUUCAGUACUUAAUGAAAGUGCCACCGGAACGAAUCAUACUGCUGACAUAUCACAACAUACUCCUAUUGAUACCUUGUACAAUCCUGAUUUAAAGAUUGGUUAUAGGCCUCAAGUGAAUUCCUUACAAUGGGCUAGAGGAACUAUUUAUUGCACACCAUAUCAACUUGAUGAGCUACUGGGCGGUAUAGAAAGGCCCGAAUCGAAGUAUGAGGAAAGCGCAAUUGCUCGAGGAUGCAUAUCUUCCAGUAGUAGUAAUGCAGCCAGAAAGUUACCUCCCGGUACGGAAGAUCACAGGUAUGCCAGACCUGUAAGAAGCUCUGGAAGAAGUAAUGGAUAUGGUGUCCUUAAAAGUGUUUCUAGGGCAAUUGAAACUCGUUUAGACACGGUAGAAACCACUAUUAAUGACUAUGCAACCACAAUGGGACAAACCAUGAAUGACGCAAUGGAAGAAACGGGAAGGGAUAUGAUGAAGAGCGCUGUAGGUUUUUAG